AGAAGAGGAAGAAGAAGCAGGAAGAUGAAGGAGGCAGCUGAUGACAGAUUUUAGCAGCUUCUAUGCUCCAGCUCAGGACUGCAGAAGAAGAAAGCAGCCGCUCCGAGAUCUCUCUUCUCCGACAGGCCGUGUUACAAAACGAUGCCCGACUCCUCGAUGAAAUGCUCUGCCAAGAAGUCUACAAAAAAGUCAUCAACUGCCGCGGCGGAUGGGGCGUUUCGGGCACGCCGCUGCACGCCGCCGUCUCCAAAGGUCACCUGAGUUGCCUUCAGGUGCUCCUGGGUCGCGGGGCACUCGUGGAUUGUGUCGACGUCAAAGCUCAAACGCCGCUAUUCUCAGCCGUCCGUGGGAAAUACCUGGAUUGUGUGUUAGCGCUCUUAAAAGCCGGAGCUAACCCAAACGGUAAUUCGUCCAAUAACUGCUCUCCCGUGCUAACCGCGGCGCGAGAAGGAGACGUGAAGAUCUUGAAAGAGUUGCUAGAUGGAGGCGCUGAGGUGAAUUCUCGCUCUAAAGUUCUCCUCUGGACGUCCAGUGCCAGAGUUUCUAGCGGUCCGCUGUACCUGGCGGCGGUUUACGGACACAUGGAGUGUUUCAGACUGCUUCUGCUCUACGGGGCGGAUCCGGAUUAUAACUGCACGGACGCCAAGCUGCUGGGCUCCAUCAAGCAGCCCAAGACGGUGCUGGAGAUGUGUCUGAGGCACGGCUGCGGGGUGGAGUUCGUGCAGCUGCUCAUCGACUUCGGAGCCAACGUCUACCUCCCAACGCUCAUCAUCGAGAAGUCCACCAAGCAGAACGAGGCCGUGGAGCUGCUGCUGGAGGAGAGAGGGAACCCAAAGGCCUUGUCCUCCCAGUGCCGCCUCGCUGUCCGCGCUCACCUGAAGACGAUCGACCGGAUGCAUCUGAUCGAUCGGCUGGACAUGCCGACGCGUCUCGUGAACUUCCUGAAACACAAGCCUGUCUCCGUCCCCGUGCUUUAGAGACAACAUGUCCCUCAUUUUUAUUUAAAUCUGUGAACCAUCUUGUGUUUAAAAUGUCUGCUGUGCUUUUCUGUCUGAACAUUAAAUGUGUGGAUAAGUGCA